GAAAAUAACUAGACGUUAGAACACUGGAUUGUGUAAGUUGUUUCUUCGUACACUUAAUUCUCUCCUUAAAUCACUUCUGUCCACAGAACAGCUCAGCCAUCUUUUGGCGAUUAUGGCUACGUCUGCUGCCUUUCUGUCUGAAGACCAGUUCACCUGUUCCAUCUGCUUGGAGAUUUUUACCAACCCCGUGUCAACACCUUGUGGCCACAGUUUCUGUCAGGCAUGCAUCUCUUCCUAUUGGGACAAGAAGCCAGGAGGAGGGGGAGGCAGCAAGUUGUAUCAGUGUCCCCUGUGCAAGGAGACAUUCCGCAAGCGACCAGAGCUCCAGAUCAACCGAACCCUGAAGGAAAUCACUGAACAGUUCAAGCAGAUGUCCCUCAGUGGAUUUGGAAUGGAAAGACGAAGUGGAAGAGGUGGGGAGGGCUCCAACAUGCAUCCUUUCCAUCAACAACCAUCCACGACAACACUCCCAAGGUUGGGCGAGAUGCCUGUAAGCGUCUUUGCUGAGAUGAUGACUCGUUUUCGGCAACUGCCAGCUGCUGAGUCGCUUCAGUCUUCCAAUCCCUUUGACUCUUACUCCCAAAAUGCUGAUCAAAUUAACACCCACGCUGAGGCCAAUGCGCACCCCAACCCACCUCUGCCCUACUCACCUCCCCGCAGGUACAGUUUCAGCAGCGCAGUUGACUGCUCCUCCAAUCUGUCCACGUGUCCCAUCCACAUGAGAAGUCUGGAGUACUACUGCCGAUCAGAUCAAAACUGCAUCUGCAGUACCUGCAUGGAUACGAAGGAGCACCUAGGACACAACAUCAUCCCCGCCAAGAGAGAGUGGCACAUCAAGAAGUCACAGUUGGGAAUCAUGCACAUUGAGCUGAAGGAUCUCAUUUGUGCGAGAGAGAAGAAAGUGGAGGAAAUACAAAACUCCUUGCGGGAAGUACAGGCCGCUGCUGAACAUGAGAAAGAUGGAGCGUUAUCAGCAUUUUCAAAGCUGCUCUCCAGUGUGCAGCGCUGCCAAGUGGAAGUCUUGGAGGUGAUAGAGAUGUCUCGUCAAGCAGCCGAGCAUAGAGCCCAGAGUCUGCUGGGAGAGCUGGAGGAGGAGCUGUCUAUGCUUAAAAAGAGGAGUGCAUCGCUGAGCCAGCUCACUCUCUCUGAAGACUACCUACUCUUCUUUAAGACUUUCCCUGCCCUCUCCAGCAUGCCACAAACCAAAGAUUGGUCCAGUGCCUCUGUGACAUCUGAGUUGACUUCAGGAGUGGUUGUAAAAACUGUCAAUCAACUGACAGAGCGCCUUCAGGACGAACUGCAGAAACUGCCAGAAAUGUGCCAACGAUCAUCAGUGGAACAAUCUGUACCCAGGGCCAAUCCAAAGACGAGGAAGGUUCAAGAAUAUGCAGCUGACAUCACUUUAGACCCGUACACAGCACAUCCACGGCUCAUCAUCUCAUCAGACGGGAAGCAGGUGUACUGUGGGGAACGGCACCAGUUGGUACCGGAUAACCCGGAGCGCUUUGACCGGGUGGUGUGCGUGCUGGCCCAUCAGGGCUUCAACUCAGGACGGCAUUACUGGGAGGUGGAGGUGGGAGGAAAGACUGACUGGGAUUUGGGCGUGGCACGGAAGUCAGUCUACCGGAAGGGCAAAAUUACUGUAAGCCCUGCCCAUGGCUACUGGUUCCUCAGCCUACGGGAUCAGACCGAUUACGCUUUUCGAACUGAGCCAUCGACCAAUCUGACACUGAACCUCAGACCAUCCCGGAUCGGGAUUUAUGUAGACUGUGACAUGGGUCUGGUGUCCUUCUUCAAUGUGGAAGCCAAAGUGCUGAUUUAUACGUUCACUGAUUGUUUUUCUGAAGCCAUUCAUCCAUUCUUCAGUCCCUGCACUAAUAAAUCAGGGAGGAAUGAGGCACCAUUAAUUAUUUGUCCUGUUACAAUGGUAGAAUGAAAUGAGCCGUUGGUAUUCUAAUGAGAAAUGAUUUCUCUUUACAUUUACAGCAUCUUGACUUAUUGUUGAUUUUUGUUGAUGUUUCACUGAUUAAACAUGUUAAAAGUGAGUUUUUAAUAUUUUAAAUUGAUGGUGUCACUUGGCUGAGUAGUAAAACAUCUUGACAUACAAGAAGUACACUUACUGUAAACAUUGAGCUUUCUCCUGUCUGCAUGGCGACAACCUUUAUAGACAAAUGUAUGUAUUUUAUGUGUUCCAUACACAGUAAUGUGGCUAAAAAACAACAACAACAAAACAAACAGGUGACCCCUGAUUCCUCAGUGCAACCGUUCUAAAACACUGUGCUUUUAAAGCAAUAGAACUGUCAGGACAUAAAGAUAUACUUCCUGUAUCCAACGGUUGUGAUUUUCUUGAAUCCUGAGCCAUAUCUUGGUGGUGACUGGUCACAUGACCAUUGAGAACUGGGACAUAAAGUUGUUUAUUCAUGAGCAAAGUUUACUCAAAUAAGACAUGAAGUGAAUGUAUUAUAAACAUACUACACCUGAAGAAAUUCUUUAUUCGUUGUUUAAACUGACUAGCUAUGUAUAGAGUUGGUUGUUAUAGAAUUAAAUGUUUGUUUUGUUUCAAAUGUGUUGUUUGUUCAUUCUGUAAAUACUAUAAGUUACCUGCUCCCUUAGCAACUGGGUUGAUUUAGUUUUUUUUUUUUCCCAUUUCCUAUAGUGGGAACGAUGCAGUGUGUUUUAAGUUUUCUAACCAGUAACAAACAUAUCCUGUCAAUUAUGCACCAGAUUUAAUAUAUGUGAUACACACCUGAAUCUGUUAACGUCUGCAGUCAUCUUUGAAGUGUGGUUUCAUUAUUAUCAGAGAAACAGUUGGGACUUACAGAACAUAUACAUAAAAUAUCAAAAUUAUUCAUGAUGUAAGUUUUCACAGUACAAAAAAACUUUAAGGAAUUUUUCAAUUGCGUACAAUGCA